AUGGCAGAGUCACAGAUCCAAGAGCCGGACAACAGCAACUGGCAUGAAGAAGACGAUGUCGUAGUUACCGACCAAUCAGUUGGACUCCCAGAGACUAGAAGCUAUAACCUCUACAAUAUUACACCACCAUCUCUGAGAGAAAGAGAGGACUUGCACUUGUGGAUUGACAAGAUUGAGAGGAUCCUGCAAGGUCACAACUUACACCAUUUGGUCAACAAGAAUAUCCCAUGGCCGAUGCGACAAAGCACGAAUGGCCAGAAGUGGAGGACCCUUUCGAAACGAGUGCGAAGCUGGUUGUCUAACAGUCUGGAUAACAAGCUUAUGCAAGAGAUCAAUAGUAGAGGAAACCCGACUGAUUUUGCUGAUGAACCUAUGGAGGAGAUCAAUAAGCAUAUGAAAGUAGAGACUCAUGGUGCUUUAAAAGCGGCCAUGAGUAGCUUCCGAACAAUCUCGCGGAAGCAAUUUUCUACCAGUCAAGAGGCAGCAAUUCCCCCAUACUUUGCUUUUCAAACGAUGCUUUUGGAGCUGAUGGAGGUUCCAGAAUUGAGAAGCUUCAUCGUUGUCAAGGAUAAUGAAGUGUAUGCAGUUGAAAACCCAGUACAGCAUGUCACUAUCAUCGACUUUUAUCGGUAUAGCUCUGCAAUUCAGGACUAUAUCAAGUUCACAAAUGCCGAUUCUCCAGGUCUUGUUUCUUCGGCAGUCAACAACAAUGGAAGCAACAACAACAUAUGUCAUAUUUGA